AUGUCUCUUCAUACAUCGUUAGUUUUUGCUAUUUUUGCAUUAGUAUUUGUCAAACCAAUAACACCCAUUGAUGAAAUAUAUAUAUCACCAUUCAUCUAUGACGUACAAAAUAAGACUGAUGCAGUAAUUUCUAUAAAGGGAUUGGCAUCUACAGUGGACACGAUAAAAUCAAUUACAUGCAAUGUAAUGGAUUUGGAUUCUCAAAUUAUUAUGAAAACUGAUAUAAAUCUAAGUGACACGUUUACGAUAUUAGCACGAUUUGAAAUACCAACAGCAUUAGGUGCUUUUAAGAUACAAUGUUCAAAAUUCGGUUCAYUUUUGAACUUUUAUGGUAACUUUUUACUUGUUAACAGUCUACAUUUGAUAAUCGGAAACGUUGAACCAAAUACAAUAAAACUAGGAGAAAGUGUUUCAUUUAAAUUGGAAAUAUUUAACUUGAGUGAGCCUGUUCCUUUAUUAUGUCAUUUAACUGAUGGAGAAGAUUAUAUCAUUUUACCAACAAACUCGAUCAAUGGAAAUAAACUAUCUACAUGGAUUACAUGCCCUGAAUAUAAACUUAAUAGAGCUGCUGAAUACCAAAUAACAGUAGUAUACUCAACAGGCGCAAUUGAUGCAAUGUUAAAUUCGAAMAAUUUCAAAGUAGUGACGGUUCAGGCCGAUCGUCCAAAAGUGAUGAAAUCUGGAUUUACUAAAGAUUUGAGAACUAUUUGGUUUCAAUUUGAUCAAAAUAUAGAGGGACCAGAUGUGUGUGAUGCCAUAUUCACGCCAAUCACAUUAAAUCAAAUUGGUCAUGACGCUGUUUGCUGGUUUUCUUCAGAUCAUUUAACGGUACUCCUAGGAAAUGUGAAAACUAUUAAAGAAAACAAACUUCAUAUUCAAUUUGCUUCAAGCAAUAACAUAAGGAGUUUUCGGUCGUGGCCUAAUUUGAGUUCAGCUAUGUUAAAUAUUGACAUAAUUGUACCAAUAAUUCCUUCUGAGGUUACACUGCCUGUAUAUUGGUUGAAUGGACCUCGACAAUUCUGUAAUGUUGACGAUGGCGUCAUCCUUGGAACACAAUCUACGGACCAACCUGUAUAUGAUUGUAUUGGUUCUCAAGUCAUAAGUGUCUCUACGUCUGGUUCACCUAUGCUCAGGUUUAGUCCAAUAUUAAGUUUUAAUGACCAAUUUAACUCUGCACACAUGUCAAUAGACGAGUCUUCACAACGGUCAUCUUUAGUGAGGAAUAGUGUCAGAGGUCUUGUGAUAUUGAUAAAUCAACAAAACUUCACAAACAGCAUUUGUUUAAACAGUGCUUUGAUGUUACCGUACGUAGAAUAUACUUUAGAAUUGUCGGGAACAAAUAUUUUGAACCARUCAGGCUUGAGAAGUCAAUUCAAAUUCAAAUUAAUCGAAACCCAUGGCAUUAAAUCGAAACCAAAAUUGCAAAUAAUGGCACGUCCAAUCAUUGCAAUCGGAUCUGAAGCUAUGUUUGAAACAGUGUUAUAUCCAAUUUGUGGAGAGCCAAUCGAGGAUGAUUAUAAUAAUUUACAAUAUAGCUGGUAUUUUAUAACCGAAAACAGUAAAUACAAUAUCAUUGGAGUGAACGGUCCAGUAUUGAUAUUAGAUACAAAAGRGCUAACUCGAGGCAACAACUAUACAAUUGGUUGUGAGUUACAUAACGAUAUCCUUUUUGUGGAAAAAAAAACUACAGCCAUGGCGAAGGAUGAAAUCCAAUUUGGAGUUGAACCAUUUGACGCGAAAACAAUUAUUGUGCCACAGCAGAUUGUGAUUGGGUUUGGUCGAUCCAUUCACUUAAGGACUAAACAUCAAAAUUAUGUUAUGAUCAAUAAAAACCUUUUUUCAUCUCAUAGAACUGAGUUUCCAUUAUGUUUUAUGGGUUUUCAUUUCUAUGACGAUUUUUUCACCCAAGUGUAUGGUAAUAAAGGUCAAUUYCUCAAAAGGCAUAGUGGAUUAUAUGGAUUUCAUAUUAUGAAGAYGAAUAAUAGAAAAUCUAACUAUGAAAGUGUAGUACUAAAUCCAUCGAAUAUAUUAAAUGUUAUUGAAAUUCCUUUACAAUCGACAGCUGAUACCCAACUAGAAUGUAGAUAUUGGAAYGGUAUAUUAGGUUGGACUAAUGAAGGAUGUAAGUUUCUUGGUGUUAUCACAAAAUCAUUAAAUCAUUUUGCUACGUGUGAAUGUCCAGCAUUCAAAUAUUACGGGAUAUUUUCUACUGACGUUACAAAUGUUUUAUUCGAUAAUUCUGUAUCGGAUUCAACACAUAAUACAGUUGUUUAUAAUAAUACAAAUAAGAACAAAAUGUUCAAUAACUCAUCGGUUUCUCAAAGAUCUCUUUCUGAUAUAUGUGUGGCUUUCAAGUAA